GCUCCGCCCCCAUCAGGCCCCGCCUCUGCCUCCCUCCCUGCUUUACGUGAAUCAGCUGAUUUGAGCGUCCUUAGAAGCCGGCGGGGAUCUUGACGGCUAAAGCGAGAGCGCGCGCGGUUCCAGUGGUUUUCAAAACAGCCCUCUUACUAUCAGAAAGAAUUGAUGUGGUGAUGGAGUAUUCUUGUUGACUGAUGGACUCGAAAAAAGAAAGUAGUUCUACAGAUCAAAAUGGUGAGAGAGGCCUGGCCUACAUAUGGCAGGCUGGUUGCGCUUGUCCAGCCCCAGAAAGGCUUCUAGGUUGGAAUGCAAAAACAGUAUUGCAGGCAGCGCUUGGAGUAAAUCAUGGUGUGCUUCUAUCAGAAGGUGGUGAGGUUUACACUUUUGGAAAACUUCCUUGGAGGGUUGGACUGGAAGAUGCGUAUAUCAGUUGUCCCAUUUUGGAAAAGACUUUGAGUGGGCAACACAUUACCAUAGUGGCAGCUGGGAGUUUCCAUUGUGGAGCCGUUGCUGAAGAUGGUGUGGUAUACAUGUGGGGGGAAAAUUCUUCUGGGCAGUGUGCUGUGGCCAGCCAGACUACUGUGCCAGAACCAACACCUGUCAGUAUUUCAGACUCUGAAGCUAGUAACCUUUUGCCAAUACGGAUUUUGCAGCUGGCAUGUGGAGAGGAGCACACCCUGGCACUUUCACUAAACAGAGAGAUAUGGGCAUGGGGAAGUGGCUGUCAGCUCGGCCUUAUAACCAACACUUUCCCAGUGACCAAACCUCAAAAGGUUGAGUACCUUGCAGGGCGGGUUGUACUUCAGAUUGCUUGUGGGGCUUAUCACAGCCUUGCUCUUGUCCAGUGCCUCCCCACCCAAGAUGUGAAACCUAUUCCAGAAAGAUGCAAUCAUUGCAGUCAGCUUUUGAUUACUAUGACGGACAAAGAAGAUCAUGUGAUCAUCUCAGAUAGUCACUGCUGUCCUUUGGGAGUUGUCCUGGCUGACUCUCAAGCAGAAAACCACCUCAAUUGCUUCUCGGUAGAAACUCUUGGGGAGAAAAGUACAACCAGCAGUCAAAAUGAGGAUUGUCAGAAGACUGCUACAGAAGACCAGGUUCUCAUGGCUACAGAAUAUAAUGCAGGGAAUGUUUUUUCAAACAGUGAUGGACAGGAAGACCACUGCAUUUUAAGCCCAGGAAAUAUUUUGGCAACUGCCAAAACAGUACCAAAACAAGACCAUAUGAGUCUUCCAGAUCAUUCAUUGAAUGACAGUGGUGAGAAGCAAAUUGAUUCACAACCUGAACAGCAUUCUCAAGAAGAAAAUUUCAUUGCUUGUCUGCCCAGUCCAUCUGGACCAGGUACUUCUGCUCUUAAUAGCCUGGUAGUCUCAUGUGCAUCAGCAGUUGGUGUGAGAGUAGCUGCCACCUAUGAAGCUGGGGCCUUAUCGCUGAAGAAAGUAAUGAACUUCUAUGGCACCAUUCCCAGUGAUGCUGUUUCCCCAUCUAGUGGUGGUUCUCCAGCCUUGGAUAGCCUGAAGGAUAGCAGAGAAGAGCAGGUCAAGCUAGAAUCAAUGCAAGGAAAAAAGAGUUCCAGCUUGGUAGAUAUUCGGGAAGAGGAAUCUGAAGGAAUUUCUAGAAGACUUUCUUUACCUGGUUUGCUGUCUCAAGUUUCUCCAAGGCUCUUAAGGAAAGUAGGGAGAGCCAGAAUGAGGACAGUGGCCCUCACACCAACCUAUAGUGGUGAAGCUGAUGCACUUCUCCCAUCUUUGCGAACUGAGGUGUGGAGCUGGGGAAAAGGAAAAGAAGGACAACUCGGACAUGGUGAUAUCUUGCCAAGGUUACAACCACUGUGUGUAAAAAGUCUUGAUGGCAAGGAAGUAAUUCAAUUGUCUGCAGGUGGCCAUCAUUCCUUGGCCCUUACUGCCAAAUCACAGGUAUAUUCAUGGGGCAGUAAUUCUUUUGGACAGCUCAGUCACUUAAGUUCUCCAACAACAGUUCCUCGUCUUGCUAAGGUUUGCAGUGACAACAACAUCUGGAAUAUAGCAGCAGGUCCAGAUUAUUCACUCUUCCUGAUAGAUGGAGAUGAUUUUCAACCUUUGUUGUAUUAUAGUGGUCAACAGGAAAAGGGAAAAGAUGACUCUUCAUCAGAAGAAUUCUGUUUCAAGAGUCCAACACUAUUGCUAGACUGUAGUAAGCUAGGGUAUAUUAGUAGUGUGGCAGCAGGUGGGAGCAACUGUCUGGCUUUGGUGGACAAAAACAUUAUGGGAUACAUUGCUAGUCUGCAUGAGCUGGCGUCGACAGAAAGACAGUUUUACUCCAAACUGAGUUCCAUAAAAUCGCAAGUUCUCCGACCUCUCCUGGGAUUAGAUAAUUUAGGUGCUCCAUCAACUGUCCAACUCUUGCAAGAAGUGGCAAGUAAGUUCAGCAAGUUGUGCUACUUGAUUGGUCAACAUGGAGCUUCUUUGACUGGUUUUCUUCAAGGAUUAAAAGAGGCAAAAAAUUUGGCUAUCCUGAAGCAUUCAAGCCUUUUUUUGGAAAGUUACACUGAGUAUUGUACUUCCUUGACAAAUUUUCUGGUGAUGGGAGGAUUUGCCCUGCUUGCCAAACCAGCAGUGGAUUUCUUAAGUAAAAACCAGGCCUUGCUCCAGGAUCUGUCAGAGACAAAUGAGGAAACUUUCCAAUUAGUGGAAGUGCUAAAUGCUCUGUUUUUCUUGCCGCUCAGACGACUUCAUAAUUAUGCUAGAGUUUUACUAAAACUUGCUACAUGUUUCGAAGUGACAUCUCCAGAAUACCAGAGUCUUCAGGAUUCUAGUUCUUGUUAUGAAGCCCUAGCUGUCCAUCUGAGCCGAAAAAGAAAAGAAGCAGAAUAUACACUGGGAUUCUGGAAGACAUUUCCUGGGAAAAUGACAGAUUCCCUGAGAAAACCUGAGCGACGAUUAAUCUGUGAAAGCAGCAACCGUGCUCUGUCCCUGCAGCAUGCUGGGAGGUUCUCGGUGAACUGGUUCAUCCUCUUCAAUGAUGCCUUGGUCCAUGCUCAGUUCUCAACUCAUCAUAUUUUUUCCUUAUCCACACUGUGGGUCGAACCAGUUUCGGAAGAGUCUGGCAAUAUGAAUGGUUUGAGGGUCACUACACCUGAAGAGCAGUUCAUUCUUAUUGCAUCCACUCCACAGGAAAAGACUAAAUGGUUGAGAGCUAUCAGCCAAGCUGUGGAUCAGGCCUUAAAGGGAACAUCUGACUUGCCUCCCUAUGCGGGAAGUGGAAGCAUUCAGAGGCAGGAACCUCCUAUCUCGCGGAGCGCCAAGUACACCUUUUACAAGGAUCCUCGGCUUAAAGAUGCCAUUUACGAUGGCCGAUGGCUUUCUGGAAAACCACAUGGCAGAGGAGUGUUGAAGUGGGCAGAUGGACGAAUGUAUUCUGGCAUGUUCAGAAUUGGCCUGGAAGAUGGACAUGGUGAAUAUACAGUACCAAACAAAAUACUGAAGAAGAAUGACCACUAUAUUGGAUAUUGGAAAGAAGGCAAAAUGUGCGGACAUGGCACCUACAACUAUGCCACUGGAGAAGUGUAUGAAGGGAGCUUUCAGGAUAACAUGCGCCAUGGCCAUGGUCUCCUGCGUAGUGGCAAACUGACUUCUACUUCUCCCAGUAUGUUCAUUGGUCAGUGGAUGAUGGAUAAGAAGACUGGGUAUGGAGUAUUUGAUGACAUUACAAGGGGAGAAAAGUAUAUGGGAAUGUGGCAAGAUGACCUUUGCCAAGGCAAUAGUGUUGUAGUCACUCAGUUUGGACUGUAUUAUGAAGGAGCCUUUAACAACAAUAAAAUGAUGGGGUCUGGAGUUUUGCUUUCUGAAGACGAUACAGUGUAUGAAGGAGAGUUCUCAGAUAACUGGACUCUAAAUGGGAAGGGAACACUGACUUUGCCAAAUGGGGACACCAUUGAAGGGUCUUUCAGUGGUGAGUGGGGAUCUGGGAUAAAGAUCACUGGGACAUACUUCAAACCUGCUUUAUAUGAUCCUGAGAAGGAACGACCCAAAAGACUGCGGAAACUUGGAAACCUUGCUGUUCCUGCUGAUGAGAAGUGGAAGGCAGUGUUUGAUGAAUGCUGGCAUCAGUUGGGCUGUGAACAGGCAGGCCAAGGGGAUCGGUGGAAGGCCUGGGAUAAUAUUGCUGUGGCCCUGACAACAAAUCGGCGGCAACACAGAGAUAGCCCAGAAAUGUUGAGCCGGUCACAUACACAAACCCUGGAGAGUUUGGAGUUUAUUCCACAGCAUGUUGGUACCUUCUCACUGGAAAAAUAUGACAGCAUUAAAAAAUAUCUCAUAAAGGCAUGUGACACCCCUCUUCAUCCUUUGGGGAAGCUUGUUGAGACCUUAGUAGCAGUCUAUCGGAUGACAUAUGUAGGAGUGGGUGCCAAUCGGCGGCUGUUGCAGGAAGCAGUCCGGGAAAUUAAAUCCUACCUCAAACGCAUCUUCCAGUUGGUCAGAUUCCUAUUCCCUGACCUUCCUGAAGAGGGCAGUACAAUUCCAUUUUUGUUGAUUGAAACCAAGGGAAGAAGAUCGUUCUGUAGUGGGAGAAGUGACUCUAGACCUGAUUCUCCAGAACCAGGUUAUGUCGUCACAAGCUCUGGGUUGCUACUUCCAGUUUUGCUACCACGACUCUACCCUCCUUUGUUUAUGCUGUAUGCCUUGGACAAUGAGCGAGAGGAAGAUGUUUACUGGGAGUGUGUCCUUCGUCUGAAUAAACAACCAGACACAGCACUCUUGAGCUUUUUGGGAGUACAAACGAAAUUUUGGCCAACAACUACAUCUGUCCUUGGGGAAAAUAAAAAGGUAUUGCCAAGUACAAAGAAUGCCUGUUUUGCUUCUGCGGUGGAAUGCUUACAACAGAUCAGUACAACUUUUACACCUGCUGACAAACUGAAGGUGAUCCAGCAGACUUUUGAGGAGAUCUCCCAAAAUGUACUUGAGAAUCUUCAUGAAGAUUUCCUUUGGUCCAUGGAUGAUUUGUUUCCUGUUUUCCUAUAUGUGGUGCUACGAGCCAGAAUAAGGAAUCUGGGAUCUGAAGUACACUUGAUUGAGGACCUGAUGGACCCAUUUCUUCAGCAUGGAGAGCAAGGCAUUAUGUUUACUACUUUGAAGGCAUGUUAUUACCAGAUUCAACAUGAAAAGCUGACCUAAAGUUUUCGUCUAAAUAUGGAAGGUUCUUUUGAACAGAACUGUACUUCUUUCCUGAAAUCACUUAAAAUGAUGAGAAAAACCAUCAUGUUGUGGGUAUAAUUCUGAGACCUUUUUUAAGGAUGGAAGAAACAAAACCCUAAGAUGACCCACCCCAAAAGGGAAGAGACAGAGGACGCAAAGAUACUUUGCAGGGCAACUGACAAGAAAGAAUUAUGUGUUGCGUAUGUAAAUGCAUAGUCCAGGCAUGUGCUUCUUACAUUGAAGAGGUGGUCAAAGUUGUGCUUUUUGAAUAACUGAAAUCAAACAUAGAACCACUCAGUGUCUUUCUCAAGUUAACUGCCGACGUUGGUGCAUUACUAAACAAAAAAAGAAAAGCUGUGGUAUUUCUUGCUCAAAAAGGCCUAUGGACGUCUAUCUGUAAGUAAGAUUAUAACAGAAGCUAUUUCAGUGGUGUGAAUUUAUUAAUACCAGAAUGGUAAGAAUACAGGCACUGUCUCUCCCCCCCCCCCCCCCCCCCCCCCCAACUCCUCUAUUUUGCUUACUGGUCAACAUCAAGGAGCACUCAUCAUGAACAUCAGCACUGAAUUUGAUACUUCAUAUGUUUACAGAACUCAAAAAAUUCCUUCCUUUGAGCUUUGGCAAUCCAGGACUUGAGAGGAACAAAAGCUUCAACUUAUAAGUGGAACUGUUUGCUUGUUAAAACCCAAGCUAUAAAAUGGUGUAAAUGUGGUCUAAAAAAAAUAUGUUCUUUGUCAACAUUGUUAUUGGCUUAGCAUGCUGAGCCAUGGAGCUACUAUGCCUAUUUGGCAAGGUGUAAAUCUUUUUUAAUUCUAUUUUUGUUGAAACACAUGCACACCAUUCAUGCAUUCUGCCUGUGACUGUUUCCUUGAGUGAAAUCAAAUUGUGUUGUCUGACAUCUUGGAUCAAACUGGUGCUGUUCUUUACCAGGUCUAUUACAGAUGAGUGAAAGAUAUGUAAAAUACACUUUUGGCUAAUAUGAACUAGAGUUAGUAUACCAGUGCAAAUAAUUUCUAAACAUCUCAAUCAUGGCUUGUGUGUAGCUCCUUUAUUUAAAAAAAAAAUUUUUGUGGGAGCUGUGAAUUUAAAUGGAGCAGUUUUCAUAAUAAAGAACGUUACUAAUGCCGUGGUAA